AUGCCCUUACCUAAUGACGACCUCCGAGUCCGAGCAUUCCAAAAUGACGUCUGUGCUGUCCAAUGUGGGAUGAUCGCAAUUAUUGAAGCAAAAGCCACCAACACGGCGACGAGUAGACCCCGGCAAUGGAGACCCCGAGACAAGUAUACAGCCAAGGCGGUCGGUCGACACAAGGACCGGCUGAGAGGACGAGCCUAUUCAAAACGUUGGGAGGGUAGUGGGAAGGACCGAGUCGACGGACGGAGCUUGUCCCGUAGUGACCGCAACCCCUGUACACACAAGAGCGGAGGGGUGGAACGUUGGGCUCAGGAGCCUUUAGGACCACGGGCAAUUAUCGGACUCGAGCCGACCGACGGUGGGAAGCUUCUCUUUGAUAAUCUGGGACAGGACCCAAAGCCAAAGCGGUUGAGCGGUCCCCGAAGAGAAUGA